AUUCCGAUUCUGGAUCUGAAUCUGAUUCCGACCAGGAGAAUGCUGGCUCUGGUAGUAAUGCUUCUGGAAGCGACAGUGACCAGGAUGAUGACAGGGAGGCAAUAAAACCUAGUAAUAAGGAAUUAUUUGGAGACGAUAGUGAGGAUGAAGGGGCAUCCCAUCACACAGGGAGCGACAACCACUCUGAACGAUCCUAUAACCGAUCUGAAGCUUCGGGACAUUCUGAGCAUGAAGAUAAUGAUCAGUCAGACGUGGACCAGCACAGUGUUUCAGAAGCUGCUCAUGAUGAUGAGGAGGAUGAUCGCGGGCAUGGGUCAGAUGAAGGCAGUCAUCAUUCAGAGGGAGAUGGUUCUGAAAAAGCACAUUCAGAGGAUGAGAAGUGGGGCAAGGAGGACAAAAGUGAUCAGUCAGACGAUGAGGAGAGACAGCAGAACUCUGACGAUGAGGAGAGACAGCAGAACUCUGACGAUGAGGAGAAGGUGCAGAACUCAGAUGAAGAUGAAAGGCCGCAGAUGUCUGAUGAUGAGGAAAGACUCCAGAACUCAGACGAGGAGAAAAUGCAGAACUCCGAUGAUGAGGAGAGGCCACAGGUCUCAGAUGAAGAGAAGAUGCAGAACUCGGAUGAUGAUGAAAGGGCCCAGCAUUCUGACGAGGAGAAGAUGCAGAACUCUGAUGAUGACGAAAGGGCCCAGCACUCUGAUGAGGAGGACCAAGAGCAUAAAUCUGAGUCUGCAAGGGGCAGCGAUAGCGAAGAUGAAGUUCUGCGAAUGAAGCGAAAGAAACCAAUUGCAUCAGAUUCAGAAGUGGACAGUGAUACAGAAGGACAGAAAGAGCAUGCAGAUGUCAUGGAUCUGUUCGGAGGUGCAGAUGACAUUUCCUCAGGGAGCGAUGGAGAAGACAAGCCACCAACUCCAGGACAGCCCAUUGAUGAGAAUGGACUGAGUCAAGAACAGCAGGAAGAAGAGCCUAUUCCAGAGACUAGAAUAGAGGUAGAAAUACCAAAAGUAAACACAGACUUGGGUAAUGAUUUGUAUUUUGUGAAGCUGCCCAACUUCCUUAGCGUGGAGCCCAGGCCUUUUGAUCCCCAGUAUUAUGAAGAUGAAUUUGAAGAUGAGGAGAUGCUUGAUGAAGAGGGUAGAACUAGGUUAAAACUCAAGGUAGAAAACACAAUACGAUGGCGGAUGCGACGAGAUGAGGAAGGGAAUGAGAUCAGAGAAAGUAAUGCACGAAUAGUCAAAUGGUCAGAUGGAAGCAUGUCUCUCCAUUUGGGCAAUGAGGUCUUUGAUGUGUACAAGGCGCCACUACAGGGAGAUCACAACCAUUUGUUUAUCAGACAAGGGACAGGUCUACAAGGACAGGCUGUUUUCAAGACAAAGUUAACCUUCAGGCCACACUCUACGGACAGUGCCACUCACAGGAAGAUGACUCUGUCUCUGGCAGAUAGAUGUUCAAAGACCCAGAAAAUUCGUAUUUUGCCAAUGGCAGGUCGUGAUCCAGAGUCUCAGCGCACAGAAAUGAUUAAGAAAGAAGAGGAGCGAUUGAGAGCUUCCAUUCGUAGAGAAUCUCAGCAGCGAAGAAUGCGGGAGAAACAGCAUCAGCGCGGUCUGAGUGCAAAUUAUUUAGAACCUGAUCGCUAUGAUGAAGAGGAUGAGGGAGAUGAUGCCAUCAGUCUAGCAGCUAUCAAAAACAGAUACAAAGGUGGUAUCAGAGAGGAACGUGCUAGAAUCUACUCUUCUGACAGUGACGAGGGCUCAGAUGAAGAUAAAACACAAAGACUACUCAAGGCAAAGAAACUUACUAGUGAUGAGGAAGGUGAACCUUCUGGAAAGCGAAAAGCAGAGGAUGAUGACAAAGCAAGUAAGAAGCAUAAGAAAUAUGUGAUCAGCGAUGAGGAGGAAGAAGAUGACGAUUAAUAUUAAGGAAGCAC